AUGCUUCAACUGCGCCGCGGCCUGCUGUAGACUGAGCAGAUGCUCCCUCUAUGGAUGCGCAGAUCCCUUAAUAUCAUGCUGAAGAUUCACUCUGUAACGCGUGAACGACGGACGACCGUCCGGGGUAAUUGUCACACCGCCGACCCCGCCAGAAACGAUUACAGAUCGUCGUCUGCGGAAGCGUACCUCACGCUGGUUGAGAAUACCCGCAGCAACUGGGUCGUGCUCGCUACACGCGUACUCUUUGCGCAGCCCAGCAACAACAGUCUCCAACGCGCGCACGCUGUGCUGUCCGCCCCGACACCUUCAAACACCUCGACCGACGGCUCGCACCAAGACUAUAUCUUAUAUGCCAAUCACGAGGUUAUCCUGUCUGCCGGGGCGAUCCAGUCGCCCGCCCUACUCCAACUGUCCGGCAUCGGUCCCCAAAGUCUGCUCGACAGCCUCGGCAUCGACGUCGUCGUCCGACUGGAGGGCGUCGGACGAAACUUGCAACACCAGGCGGGAACGCCGCUCGCCGCGCGCACGACCGUGAACGACACCGCGCCGCGCAUCCCAAACGCCAUCGGCUUCCCGGGCGUCGACGCGCUCUUCUCGUUCGGCGCGCUGCACGGCGGCGCGGCGGCGUUCGCCGCCGCGAUCCUCGACACGUUCUACAGCGAGCCGGCGUCGGACGACCUCGGCAUCAACGUCUGGGGCCUCCUCCCCUUCAGCCGCGGGAACCUCUCCAUCGCCAGCAACAAACCCCUUCGCGUCCCCGACUGUCCGCGCCCCCUACCUCACCGCGCCCUUCGACCUGCAGGUCGCGAUCGCCGGUGCGCGGUGCCCGACGUGCAUGGCGACGGCGGGUCGGACGCGGACGCGGACUGGGCGGCGUGGGUCCGCGGGACGUACAUCUCGAACGACCACCCGGUCGGGACGGCCGCGAUGAUGCGGCGCGCGCUUGGGGGGGUCGUGGACGCGAGGCUAAGGGUGUACGGCACGCGGAACCUGCGCGUCGUCGACGCGUCGGUUGUCCCGCUCCAGAUCAGCGCGCGUUUGAGUGCGACGGUGUAUGGCGUCGCGGAGAAGGCGGCGGAUGUGAUCUUGGAGGGGUUUAGUGCCAGCCGGACGUAG